AUGCGGAUAGACGGACAUGAAGAAAGCCGUUAUGGAAGGGCCAGAGCCAGACAGCGGAAGUUCGUGCGGACACACACCGCGGCAGAUGCCUUGGUCAGUUUCAUUGACGAGAACCUAACCUAUCUACCCGUUGGCGCGUCCAUAUCUACAACAACUAGACCUCUGGCGGAUGGCAGAAUGGAAAAGGACCGACGGACGUUCAAGUGCGCGCACGAGUGCUUGCGCAGCACGGACUACCAAGCGUUUGACGUGAUUGCUACCCCGGGGACCAACGGUACUUGCCGCCUACACGACCUUGCCGCCUUAGAGUUGGAUGCGCGGGCGAAUCAAUACAUAGUCCAGGGCAGUUGUGGUAAUACUUGGUAUGAAAAUGACGGGAGUUGCUACAAGUUGUCUUCUAAUGCUUACAACUGGACGGAGGCCGAGGCAGAAUGCGUGGCUUUUGGUGGUCAUCUAGUCAGCAUCCUGUCUGCACAGGAAAACGCUGUCGUCGCCUCCAUUAUACUGGCCGCGGGCCGGCAGCUUGAACUGGUAUGGAUCGGCGGAAAAAUUAAAGGGGGCGUUCCACAACUCUGGAGGGGCGGGGAAUCGUGGGGAUUCGAGAAUUUUGGUGUGGGGGAGCCAAACGCGGCGGACUGUUGCCUGGCGAUGUACCGUUUUCAGUGGUUUGACGUCUCAUGUGAACUGCCUUACUACUUUAUGUGCAGGAAACGGGCCUAG